CACUCCGAAACGAGAAUAACAUCUUCAAUACACCACCUUCCACCCCUGCAAUCGCGAAGCACGGCGGAAAACAUGAGCCCCCUGCGCUGUUCACAGAAAAACCAACCACAAACAUUUGAAACUUGAAAUCCCGCGUGGUCGCAUCGCAGCAACCUGACGGAAGUGCCGCACAUAGCACAACACAUAGGCAGCAUAGUAAAGCAAGGUGCGCGUGUGUGCGUAUUGAAUUGCGUUGAGCAUAACAACAAUAAGGCUUUCGAAAACGAGAAUCAUCCAAGAAGAAAAAGCGUAUAAAGUGAAAAGAUUCAACUACAGUGGAAUAGCAGUUGGUGCAAGUGGGUGUUUCUGAAUACGGCGUAAAAUGAUUUAUUACCAUCGCCCAUCAUAACGCGUGUGUGAAUUAACGGUGCGUACUGUUUCUAAUGCGUGUAGUGCGUGGGUUUUUUUGUCCUCUUGCAUUGGAGUAACCGACGGCUACCGACAAUCCCAAAAUCAAUCCAAUCAAGUCUGCAUCGCGAGCUGUCACACUACGCGGAAUUGCUGAAGACAGCAAAAUUCUCCCGCCGCCACGCGAGGUGUUAUACACGCUUUACGCUCAAACAGUGCUAGUGUGUGUGUGAGAGAGGGAGAGAGCGAGAGGAAAAAAAUAAAGUGAGCACGAUUAAGAAUGAGAGAAAUGUGGUACAACCAGAUGGUGGUGUUAGUGAGAUGAUCGGCAAAUGAUAGUGUUGGUGAGUAAAAAAAUCGAAAUACGAUUUUGACAGCUCGCUCGAGGAGGCUUUUCAUGAUUUGUGGUUCAAGUGACACGGAAUUCGACGAGCCAGUGAAAAAUCAAAACAUCAUUCACGCAAUAAUGAUGUGGUGUUUUGCAAUAUGAUUCCAAAUCAAAAGUUUAUUAGCCACGGUACGAUCCGUCAUCAGUGAGAAAAUAUCACGCUGUGCAGUGAUACAGACGCACAGAAGCAUUCCUGCAAAACGUCCUACGGGGAGCCGAUCGAUUUCGUGAAAAGCUGCCCUUCUGAGACGGAGAAUGUGAGCAAGAAGGAGAAGAAGAAGCAGUGGUUAAGAAAGAAGUGAUUAAGAAUCCUGUGUUGUUGUUGGUGAGGCGAAGAAAUCUGUUUCCAAUUGUGUCCGAUUGUAAAUCUGUGCUUGCGUGUGACAACCUAAUAAAUGUUAAGAAAUUUUAUUCCUUCCCAGAGUGUGGUAAAGAAAAUGUUUUGGUGAGAAAAAAAACACACACACACAUGAAAAGUUGUGCAAAGGAAAAUGAUAAGCGUGCGUGCGUGAGCGAUUUCGAAUUGUUUGCAGCAGUGCAAAGUAAAUCGCAUAGAAUUCUCGAGAAUAAGUGUGACGGUGGCUAAAUAUUCGUGCGCCAUCACCGAUGAUUGAUACGGUGUGAUAUUUCAGUGAAAUGUUGCAAAUUUAGGCAAGCAUUGGCGAAGAAACGAAUGCAUUUGGUGCGUGCCAGUGAAGUGUAAUGAUGGUAAAAUUAAGCAUGAAAAUUGAAUUGCGAUGCUCUCGCUGAUUCUGCAAACAAGUAUUACGGCCUGUGUGUGCGUGCAUUUCGGUCGGCAAGUGAGUGUGUGUGAGCAGCGGGCGAAUCCCUAUUGCUGUGUGUGUAGGCGCGCCAAAGUGUGCCCCACAUCGUUGCGUGUAUAGUGUGCGAGAAAAUAGUGCGUUUUGGUUCGCUCUCUCUCUCUUCUAUUGGUUCGUCUUGUUUUUUUUGAAUCUUAUGAAGAAGGUGAAUUGUAUCGAGGGAAAAACGGGAAAUGGUCACCGGUCGCGGAUAUGAGUGCCGAGGUUAGUGCACCCCAAUGGCGAUCGCUCGGAUUCAACGGUUCAACAUCCGACGGUUGCGGACCGGCGCCAACAUCACACGCCGCUGUAUCGUCGCCCCCGCUCGGGAAUGGCGUUACGGCCACGACCAGUGCGGCGACAACGCUUCCUGAUCUCAUACCGCUUACCGGCAAGCCCGAACUGACGAAUGGUUCCGGCGAAAGGCACAUCAAUCACAACAACAACAUAAUCAACGUGGCCAGCAACGGCACACUGACCGGCACUGGGUCGUCGGUUCCCGAAAAGGAUGACGGAUGUUCGGAGGAGUUCAACUGCGAGCUAGUAUUAAGCGCACUGGACGCUAUCGGACCGGACGAUGGGGGUGAAGGUGUGGUUGGGUCGGGGUCGGCCGGUGAGCUCGGAAUCGGGACGGCAAACGAAUCAAACACCGAUCGUGAUUCCGGUUUCGAAACGCCCUCACUAGAUACCACCACCAUUGGUUGGGAGAAACCGGAAGUGGAUGGUAGCGUGACAUUGGAGAAACAUCGCACCGACAACGGACAAGGACAGCAUUAUGUUGCACACGUUGUUGCAGGGGAGCGUAGCGAAUCGAAGGACACGAAGCUGAUACUGAGACGACGGAACGUCAUGUCGACGUCACCCAGCAGCGGCGGAAGUGAGCAGCCAGCGAAGCCAACCGAUGCAACAACGGUCUGUGAAACGAUGACGUCAAAGCCGGUACCGGCUGUUAAGACGGAAGCCAAUGAGGCUGGUUCGGAGCCAGCGGACAAUGCACCGCCAGCAACAAUGGUCGUGGUUAAGCAGGAAUUGGUGGAUUCGGGAGCAACUCCAGCUCCGGGUUCUGCCGUUCUGCCACGUACGGUGAGUCAUCCACCGAAACGAUCCGGUUACAAAGACGAUCCACUUCCGUUGCCGCUGGAACCGAAGGAGCACCGCAAGUCAAACCGGCGGAGACAGUUUACGGAUCGUAUCAUUGACACACUCUGUCUGCCGGAAAUCUUCUUCAACGCACGUGUACGUCCGAAGCCAAAGCCAAAGCAGUCGAGUAAAUCAACCGCGGGCAAACCUUCCGGAACGAUGACAUCCGGUCCGGGAGUGAAAAAACGUGCCAUUCCUGCCCUAACGGUCAAACGGCCACCAAAGUCGUCAUCGCAACCGGCCCAGCUGCGUUCCUCGUCCGCGAUGUCAAAUGGUGGGUUGGAGUUGUCGUCCGGCAGGUCCUCGUCGGCGGCAUCACAGAUCGUCGGGGUUGCUGCAAUGGAACGGUCACCGAGCGUACCGUGCACGGCAACCAGCGCCGUCGUCUCCACAGUUCCUAGAGUAAAUCCAAUCUUCCUGUUCGUGAAGCAGGAGGACACGCGCAUCGUGGAGGUCCGGUGCGAGGACUACGACAAGCGCAACCGUAUACGAUUAACCCGUACCGGGCCGGGUAGCUGGCGUGCGAUACCGCGCACCGAUACGAGUUCCUCCGUCAUGUUUUCCCUGCUACCGCCACGGUCCGAGAGUGGUUGCGACGAGGAAACGGCCAGCGACAGUUGCGGUGGUCGGGUGUCCGCCCGUUCCGCGUCCGCAUCAUCAGUGUCACCAAAGUACAAACUUGCCGGUAAGUCCGCACACAGACAGCACCAUCAUAAGCAUAAAAAGAGUAAGAAGAAAAAGAAGCGCCAUGUUUCCGAAGGGGCGUCGGAAUGUGUGGCUGAAGAAGAGGAGGAAGUUGGUGGAGGUAGUCGGAGCAGUACGAGCUGCAGCACCAUCAGCAGGCUGGUGGCGACCGGCCAGCGCAAGGUUACCUUUAGCGUCGGGGUUAAACAGGAGAAGAACGAACCAGCUGCCGGUACGAUCGAAGAUCGAUCGGUCGAGAUGUUCCAUGACCACGAAAGGUUACGAUCGGCGGAACAGGAAGCGGAGGCGGCGGCGGAGGAACGCGAGCGGGAAGAAACGAUAGCGGAACUGAUCCGGAACUAUCACGAGCAGCAGCAGAGACAGCUGCAGGAGUUGCAGGAGAAGCUGCAGGCCAGCCGAAGAAGUGAAAUGAUGGGUGGUACUGGCGGUACUGGCGGUGGCGGACACCAUAAUAUCAGUAGUUUUAGCGAAUCCAGUUCGUCGAACAACAACAACAACAUUAUUAGCAACGGUAAUCAUUCUAGCGUUAGCGGUAACUCCAGCGGUGAUCUGGAGGUGAAAGCGGAAGAAGACGGUGGAACCGGCUUCUACCCGAGGCUGUUGCUGGGAAGCAAUGGUAGCAAUAAUAAUAGCGGUAGUAACAAUAUUGGUAGUGCCAGCAGCAGCAGUAGUAGUAGUAGUAGUGAUAAUAUCAACAAAACUAUUGGUAGUAGUAAUAGCAAUGGCGGAGAAGGACGAACACUCGAGAACACAAGCAAUAGCCAUAAACGGCAGUCCGAGUUAUCCCAUAAGUUGGAGCUACUGGAACUGGACGAUGACGAUGACGAUGAUGAUGGUGGAGGUGGAGUUGGUAAGGAGGUUGGCGGCGUUACCAUACUCGAUGAUUACGAAGUGCACGACGAUGAUGUGCAUGGUUCCACGCUGGCAGCACUAGCGCGGACAGCCGAUCGGGAGUGGCCGAUUGCGAUGGCGAAGAAGUCGUCGGAGAUGAAAGCUCGCCGAACGAGCAUCGAGUCACAGAUACCAACAAACGUCAUCCCGGUGCAACAGCAGCAGCAUCGGUGCAGUGACAUCGGUGCGCAUGCGCCGAAUGGGGGUCCGCUCGGGAGUUUGGUCCUUAGUGACGAUGAUGACGGUGGCGGCGCGGCAAGCGGUCUGCUUGCACUGGAUGAACUUGGGCUUAAUCAUCAUCAUCAGCAACAGCACCAACACCAUAACAUUGUAGACGACGACGACGACGACGACGAUGACGAUGUGCAAUUGCUCGGUGUGGAAGGCGGUCGGUCGAACUUCGGCGUAGACCACCAUCACCAUCAUAUGCAUCUGCACCAUGCACUACGGUUCGACUCGUCGGUAAGACCUUCGCAGGGAGACGACAUCGAGCUAGUGUCGGCCGACGGUCGCGCUGUUAGUGUUGGUGCCGGAAAGGAAGCUGGGGAACGACGACCGCACGAGCACGACGAUGGCAGCAGUAUCAACAACAACAACCCGGACGAUAGCGAUGGUGGUAGUGCAUUAGCGGCUGCGAUAGCAGCAGCGGUGGCCGCGGCGGCGGCCGCUGCAGCUGCAGCCGAUGCACCAUUAGCGACGAGAACUGGCGGCUCCACCGUCGUGGAGAUUGACGACGAUGAAGUGUGCGUUCUCGAGCAGCAGGAGAAACGGCUAACACCAACACCAGCAUCGCAAGGACGGCUUCAGCAGCAGCAGCAGGACCGUGCGAAAGGAGCACGACUGAAUAACGACGAUGGUACCACGACUUCGACGACGACGACGACGACAAUGAAUGCCAUCAUCGGCCCGGAUUGUGUAGGGACGACGUUCGCAAGAACAACCACUACGACGACAGCCUCGUCCUCCUCCACCUGCUCAUCGGUAGGGGUGAUGGAAGUGGAUGCGGGAUGUAGCGGCAGCAGUGGCGCGGGCAAGACGAAAUCGACUUGCAUCGAGAACAACGCGGAAGUGCAUCAUCCACCGCACAUCACCAUCAGUAGUGAUAGUGAGCUCGACGAUGACGAUCCGAAGCACGCGCUGCAACAGCAGAACUCGGAUCUUCAGGAGCAACAGCAGCAGCAGCAGCAGCAUCAACAAGAACACCACCAUUUGCACCAUCAUCAUCAUCACUUGCAUCAUCACCAUCAUCAUCUGAGCGCGGAGUUUGGUGAUCUGAUCGAAGGGAUUGGGGAGCUGCAGGCGGCAGGUGACGGUGGAAUAGGAGGUGUAGGAGGAGCGGCUGGAGCAGCAUCCGCAACAGUAUCAGGAGGGCCGGCACACACCGGGACAGAGGAGGACGAUUUGCUGAAUGUGGCAGCGGCAGCGGCGGCAGCAAGCUGCGGCGACACUACGAUGACCGGGGCCGCGGAACUGCUCGACUCGCUGGUAGAGCAACAGCGCCGUGCUGACAGUGGUGGGAUGGGUGUAACGACGACCGCCGCUUUAUCAGUGGGGAAAAGCUCCAACCCGAUCUACACGAUCGCGGACGAUUACAACGAUGACGAUGAUGAUGAUGUGCUGCUGGAACCGGAACCGGUUGCGGAUAUCAUCUCACGGUUAGGUGAAUCGCUCAGCACCUCGCCAAAGUGUCUGUCGUUCAACGAAGCGGGUGAAAUCGAAGGUCUGACGGGUGAUCUGUUCGGCGGCGGUGGUGGCAGUGGUGGUGGUAGUGGCGGUGGAAUAGAUGGUGGCGAUGUGGGUGAUGAUGAUGAUCUGCUUCCAAAUCCGUUCGCGCCACAACCGGCAUCUUCCGGAACCGGUGCAUCACUGCAGUCGCAACCGCAGCAACAAACCGGCGGCUCGGUAGAACUUGUGUCCCGAACGAGUGCCAGUAGUGGUGGAACUGAAGGUGCCACCACCACGACAACGACCACCUCAUCGGCGGCAUCGUCCUCAACGAGCACGCUGGAAGACGAGCUGUCCAUAACGAUAAAGGAUUUAACGGAGGCGAGUGAACAUGCGAGUUCCUAUUUCGCAAACACGGCCAACCGGGUGGUAGAGACGACUAGCGCGGAAGCGAGCGAACCGGCCGCCGGUGACAGAACCGGUGCUAAUAGCGAAUCAUCCUCGUCCGUGAGCACCUCAGCAAAGGAGCUGCCUGCGGAAGCGCCGAUUGUGAUAUCACCUGACUCGUGCCAGGAGGAGCUACCCAAGGAUCUCAGCUGUCGGAAACGAAGUCUUUCACCGUCCCCGCGGCCCGUAUCGCAUAGUUCCGAUGCGAUACAGUCGCCGCAACCGAGUGGACUACCGGCGGUGCCACCAUCACCGGAUCUCUUUCUGCAACCGAAAUCCAUCUCGGGUUCCAGCUCGAGCAGUAGUUCCACGGCUUCCAGCGUAAUAGAGGCGCUCAUGUCGCAGGCGGCCGCGGCCGUAGUGAGUGUAGCGAAGAGUGGCCGUCCUUCGUGUGGAGGCGGUGGUAUUGUUAGCGGUAGUUCCAGCACAACAACGAGUACUGCCACCAGCACCAGUAGCAGUGCGGUGGCGACCACUACCACCACCAAAACAGGCAACACACUUCAGCAAAAGGAACCGCUCGAUUUAGGCAAGUGUCGAAAAUCCGCCAGCCCCACGGUGAGUUGCUCGGAGGAAGCGAAACGCCUGUCCUCCUCCUCAACUGCGUCCUCUUUAUGUAGCAGCGGUGGUGGUGUUAAUACUCACGACGAUACAAGUGAACCGAAGGCAAAACGCAUCAAAACAGAUCCCGAGCAGCAGCAGCAGCAACAGCGGCCAAACAGUGGUGUUGGUAAGGCGCUAUCUUCAGACACACGAAGUAUGGCGUCCACGGUGGUGGCUGCAACGACAUCCAGCACGAGCGGCCCAAGUGUGGCUUCCCUUAUCAACGCAAUGGCGGCGGGCGGUGGCAGUGGUGUAUCAGUCACUCCUUCCACGCAGACUGCGGCGGCUGCUGCAGCAGCUGCUGCCGCAGCUUACAGCAACCUCAACGACUCGGCCCGCCUGGUGGAGAUGCUAACGUCGGGCAAUGAUCCAGAUCCACUAACGCAGCUUCGCCUACUAGUCGGCAAUCCAGCGUGGAAGGUUCCGGAUCCAUUACUAGUGCCAAAGGAUCGAUUGAACGCGGUGCUGGCGUCACCAGCGCGUGAAAUUCCACUACUUCUAACGACCCGUCCUGAGCUAAGACUUCCGGAAGCGUUCGCGUUUCCCAACAUUCUGCAAGAUCCGGAUAUUCUGGUGAUCUCACUGCAGCAGUUGGAAACCAUCCUACAAACGCAGGAAGAGCUGGUAAAGUUCAAAUCGAAGAGUGCGCUUGAUGCGACGGCAGCAGUGGCCACACCGCCCACCACACCUGUAGCAAUGGCGGCGGCUGCGGCGGCGGCCGCUGCUAGUAAAAAGUCGCAUGCACCGACCGCCACCCCAACACCGCCCAGUCCUCUGGAGACGCUAAAGCAGACCUUAUCGGCCCAGGCGGCUAAACAGAAUCCGAUGAUGAGCUCGCUGCUCGCAUCCGGCCUAGCAGGUGAUAUUGAUGCGGCCACAACGGCAGCGUUCAAUCAGAUGCUUUGGUUGCCGUACCUCGGCCAGAUGGGCCAGUUUGCACCGGAUCUGCUGAAGGCGAUGAUGAAUCUUCCCAGCUCGACAUCGGCGGCUACCGUUGCGGCAGCUGCUGCCGCCGUCGGCGGUGCCGCUGCCGGUGCAGGUGGAACAAGCCUUGCCGACAUGCUACCGUUUAUGGGUCCACGGUUUCAGGACUUCUGUGGGUUGCCGCCCGCCACCGCUACCAGUCCGCUUGACUACAAGCGACAGCUAGAGCUGGCCGUACUGCAAGAAGCGAUGACUACUGCCAACCUGCAGCAACGCAAGCAGCAGGAAGCGGCCCAAAAGAAGGCAGCCGCGGCAGCAGCAGCAGCAGCCGCCGCAGCCGCUCACGUCGACCGCAAACCCGUGCUCGGUCCGAAGACACUCGAACAGCAACGGUCCGUGGCUGCGGUCACAGCAGCAGCAAACAUGUUCCAAAAUCAGCAGAAAAAGGCGGCUGCUGCUGCCGCUGCUGCAGCUGCUGCAGCCGGUAUGAUCAAUCCACUCUCGAUACCUCAGUUCAUGACACCGCCCACUAUGACGCACGGUAGCAGCAACCGGUACGGUGGAGGAACCACGGGUACCGGCGGUGGAAGCUCACGAACGUCCGCCCAAACCAUGCUGCAACAGCAGCAGCAACAACAUCAGCAACAGCUCCAACAACAGCAGCAACAAUCGUUCAGCCCGAGUGGGUUUAAAAAUAUGGCCAAUCUAAUGAAUCAAGCGGCCGCAGCUGCUGCAGCUUCCGGUGGGCGCCAACAGCAUUCAUCAGGUGCAAGUUCCCAUCGGCAGCAGCUCACAGCAAUGCAGAAGGCGAAACUGCAACAGCAGCAGCAGCAGCAGCAUCACCAUCAGCAGCAACAACAGCAGCAGCUGCAACACCAAGCCAAUCUCGGCGCGGCGGGCAUGUUCGGUUCGGCGGCGGCAAAUUCGUUCUUUAACCUUCCCACCAACUUCCAAGAGUUUCACGAGCAACAGCAGCAGCUCGCUCGGAAGCUACAGAAAGAGCAACUACACCAGCAUCAGCAGCAACAGCAUCAGCAGCAGCAGCACCAUCAUCACCACCAGCAACAGCAGCAGCAGCAUUCGCAGCUGCAGCAGCUUCAACUGCAGCAACAGCAGCAUCAGCAGCUCCUCCAACAACAGAUGCAACAGCACCAUCAUCAUCAGGAAGAGCAAAAGCCAAGGGUAACGUGCAAAUCGCUGAUGAACUUGCUGCAACCGGAGAAGCAGCAGCAACUGCACAAACAUUCCGGUACGGGUGGUGCGAACGGUGGUACCGGUAGUUCCAGUGCUUCCAGCAAGCUAGCAAACCUGAUGGCCAUCCCGGGGAUGGAUCUGUACACGGCGCAACAGCACGAACAACUACAGCAACAAAUGUUCCUACAGCAGCAGCAACAGCAGCAGCAGCAGCACAGCUUCCUGCAGCAACAGCAGCAACAGCAGCAUCACCUAAUGGCGCAACAAUCGGGCAGUGCUGGCGGUAGUGGCGGCAGUAGCGGCAUGCAUCAGCAGGCAAAGCUGAAGGUGAAGCCGGGAUUGCACCUGCUCGAUCCGGCCGCCGUACAGCGACGGUUGCUCAACACGGAUGAUCUGGCGGAGGUGGGCAGUACCACGAACGGGCUCGACGAUACGACCGAUCUGUCGUCACCUCUGUGGCAUCCACUCUUUGGCAGUGCCCAAAAAGGUCUUGCGGCGGGUGUUGGUGUCACGCCAACCGGCACAAGCGUUGGUAACCUGUCGGCCCUAACUGGAAGUGGUUCUUCCGGAAGCGGCACUGCUUCAUCGAGUGGCAGCAGCGUAGGUACAGGUGGUAGUAGCAGCGCAGGUGGUGGUGGUGCAGGUGGAGGAGGCGGAGGAGGAGGAGGAGGAGGUGCAAGCAGUUAUCACAGUCCAUGGCAAUGGACUACGAUUACCGCGACGGGCGAAUGAC